AUGUCACAACACACGGAUGUGGAACUUGGCCCGAAGAUGGGAAGAUAUUCAUGGACGCACGCGCAUUCUCUCUAUGCCAGGAUGGGCGGGUUUGUCAUCGAUACUCACGAUCUAGGCUGCCACUAUCUUCCCCAAGGGCGGCAAAGGAUGACGUUGACACUAGAUGGUCUUAGGUUCAUCGCCAACCACAAUCCUGAUCUUCGUCCGGAUUUGUCUGAUUCUGCAAUAAAGGACAAAGGAAAAGCAAACAUGUUCACGAAGAUGAUAACCAUUGCCCAGGCGCUGUGGUUCGGCAUCCAAUGUGUAACUCGAUCGGCUCAGGGUCUUUCGAUCUCUCUUCUGGAGAUCAAUACUGCAAUCCAUGCCGCCUGUGCCCUGGCUCUGUAUUUCUUCUUUUGGUGGCAUAAGCCACUGGAUGUUGAGGCGUCGACCAUCUGCACACAUGUAGAUUUGCAUUAUCUUGCCGCCUUCAUGGUUGCUCGGCAACUGUACUCGCGUGUCAGACUUUCGCUGGUCGAUCUCCAAAACACGGAGGAUAACAAAAUCCUUGACUCUUCGGUCGACUCUGGAACUGCGGUCCCUCAACCCAAACUUCAGCACCUCUUGCUGAGGCCAUCGAAGGAUCCGCAUUUUCAGUCGAAACACUAUUUUGCAUACCAUGGCUUUAUUUUCCACAAGAACACAUCGCUCGCGGCUGAUGGAGUGUGGUAUGAACAAUUAACCGAGUUAGACUUUGACCGCUUCAAGCUGGCCUCGCAAGCUUUUAGAAAGUACGGGUCUCAAGUAGAGGAAGGGUAUUCCUCCUUUAGUAUACGUUCGAACAAUCAUUCUGAAAACAUGUUUAUGAUCAGAAACGUCGCCUAUAAAGGCUUUGAUCUAGUGGUAGGAUUCUUCCUAGCGGGUCUUUUCUACGGCGGUGUGCAUCUCGUUGUAUGGAAUCGACCUUUUCGUGGCGAAAUCGACGAACUGCUUUGGAAGUUGAGUAGCAUUACGAUCCUGGUUUCGGGCAUACCUGCCGUGAUUUGGUACCUAGCUGAAGUUUUCGAUGACUACAGCAAUUUCCCCCAACGUGGCAUAUUACAAUGUGGAUAUUGGCGAAGAAAACUUCCCUUUUGGUCUCCGCGGCGUGCUUUUAUUUAUCCAUGCCACUCUACAUUUUCGCAAGAAUCUUCAUCGUCGUAG